AUGGGCCAAACAUACACACAUAACUACGCUAACUUUACUUCGAUAAAUUACUCGCAAUCUUACGACCUAAUAGACGCUGACAAAGACGUUUGUGUCGUCGCUGAUGACCCUAAAUAUCCAAGUAGCUUUGGAAUAACGCUAGCCGUGCCAGAAUGGGAGGCUAUUUGUACAGCUAUAGUACUUACACUUAUCAUCAUUUCCACUAUCGUUGGUAACAUCUUAGUAAUAUUAAGUGUUUUCACAUAUAAACCUCUAAGAAUCGUUCAAAAUUUUUUCAUAGUGUCACUCGCAGUAGCAGAUUUAACGGUAGCAAUAUUAGUCCUUCCACUAAAUGUAGCAUAUUCGAUCCUCGGACAAUGGGUUUUCGGAAUAUAUAUGUGCAAAAUGUGGCUUACGUGCGACAUAAUGUGUUGUACAUCGUCUAUAUUGAAUCUUUGCGCAAUAGCUCUAGACCGAUAUUGGGCAAUAACGGAUCCAAUAAAUUACGCACAAAAGAGAACGUUGGAAAGAGUGCUUCUAAUGAUAGGCGUAGUGUGGGCAUCUUCCCUCAUUAUUAGUUCACCACCUUUAUUGGGAUGGAAUGAUUGGCCAGACGUUUUUGAACCGGACACGCCAUGUCGCCUAACAUCACAACCUGGUUUUGUUAUAUUUUCCGCAUCUGGAUCUUUUUAUAUACCUUUAAUAAUAAUGACAGUAGUUUAUUUUGAAAUAUAUCUAGCCACUAAGAAAAGGCUGAGGGACCGCGCUAAGGCUACUAAAAUUAGCACCAUAUCAAGUGGACAAAAUAAAUUUGCGUCUAAAGAGAGUGAUCAAAAUGACCAAGAUUCCGUUAGCUCGGAAACGAACCACAAUGAACAUCACGGGGCAACACGCCUUGUAUCAGAAAAUGAAAAACAGAAGAAAACAAAAAAAUCUACACCCAAGAAAAAAUCAAAGAAACGAUAUUGGAGCAAAAAUGAUAAAUCUCAUAAUAAACUCAUAAUACCUAUUCUGUCGAAUGAAAAUUCCGUUACGGAUAUGGCGGAAAAUUUGGAAAAUCGAAAUACGUCUUCAGAGAGUAAUUCUAAAGAAACACAUGAAAAUGACAUAGAAGUUAUCGAAACUAUUGUGAAAAUCCCCAAAAGAUCGAAACCCAAUCAGCAAAACACUGUCUAUCAGUUUAUAGAAGAGAAGCAACGUAUUUCACUAACCCGAGAACGUCGCGCAGCUCGUACUUUAGGUAUAAUUAUGGGAGUGUUCGUCGUAUGUUGGUUACCUUUCUUUGUUCUUUACCUUGUCAUCCCAUUUUGUGCGAGCUGUUGUUUGUCAAACAAGUUUAUAAACUUCGUAACUUGGCUCGGAUAUAUAAAUUCAGCAUUAAAUCCUUUAAUCUAUACAAUAUUCAAUAUGGACUUUAGGAGAGCUUUCAAAAAACUUCUGUGCAUAAAACCA